UCCAUUGAGUAAACCCCGCCCACGCUGUCUUGACAUUUGCUAUGCUGGAAAACUGUUCCCUGUCUAUUCCAGUGCAUGUUUUCAAACCUCAUCAUGGAAGAGUCGUCUCCACCUCUGCGAUGCUUUCAUGAAUCACACAUCUCUGAGCUUUUCAACGAUGACGGCGUGCAAACGGUGACUUCAAAAGAACAGAGAAAAGUUGAAUGCAGUAUUCAAGAGGUAUACAGUGUUUACCAACAAAUUCACACCUCACCACAGCCCGCUUUACUGAGGGAACAACACUAUCAUUAUCUGAAGAAAGGGUUACGCCAUCUAUCUGACACAUAUGAGUGUUUGGAUGCCAGCCGGCCUUGGCUCUGCUAUUGGAUCCUGCAUAGUCUGGAGCUGCUAGAGGAGCCUGUGCCGCCAGCUGUUACCUCUGAUGUGUGCCAGUUUCUGGCCAGAUGUCAGAGCCCGACGGGUGGCUUUGGUGGAGGUCCGGGUCAGCACUCUCACCUGGCACCCACCUAUGCGGCUGUCAACGCCCUUUGCAUUCUGGGUACAGAGGAGGCAUACAAAGUCAUCAACAGAGAGAAGCUCCUGGACUUCCUGUACUCUGUGAGGCAGCCAGAUGGCUCCUUUGUGAUGCAUGUGGGUGGGGAGGUGGACGUCAGGAGUGCAUAUUGUGCAGCUUCUGUGGCUUCACUCACUAAUAUCAUCACUCCCACCUUGUUUAAUGAGACGCACACUUGGAUACUCAGCUGUCAGAACUGGGAGGGCGGUUUAGGUGGAGUGCCAGGACUUGAGGCACAUGGUGGCUACACCUUCUGUGGUACUGCUGCCCUAGUCAUACUGGGCAAAGAACACAUGCUGGAUCUCAAAGCCUUGUUACGCUGGGUAACCAGCAGACAAAUGCGUUUUGAAGGUGGAUUUCAAGGCCGCUGUAACAAGCUGGUGGAUGGGUGUUACUCCUUCUGGCAAGCAGGACUAUUACCAUUACUCCACAGGGCUCUUUUUAAAGAAGGAGACUCAACGCUGAGUUUGAGUAGCUGGAUGUUUGAGAGAAAGGCCCUGCAGGAAUACAUCCUCCUCUGCUGCCAGAAUCCUGCUGGAGGCCUUCUGGACAAACCGGGCAAGUCUAGAGAUUUCUACCACACAUGCUACUGUCUGAGUGGACUCUCAAUUGCACAGCAUUUCGGAAACAAAGACCUCCAUAAUGAGCUGAUCCUCGGUCGAGACGAGAACAGGCUGGCACCAACUCAUCCAGUUUACAACAUCUGUCCAGAGAAGGUCUGCCAGGCGAUUCAACAUUUCCACACGUUACCUGUUCCACUUCAGACGGGAGCUACAGCAAAUGAGAUGGAACAGUCAUAGACUUUUCUCUUUUUUUUUUUUAAUUGUAAAAUGUUUGGGGAUUUGAUCUAGCUUGACCUAACGCAGAGACUUCUUCUGUAAAUGCUGUAGCCAAAUGUCCUUUGCUGGUCUGUAAGCAUCUACAGGUGGGGAAACACUCCGCGGGCCUGACAUACUACAGCUUCAGCAUGGGGUUGUAGGUUUUAGCUAGGGACAAUGGUAGAGACUGACUAGGCAAGGUGUUUUUCAUGCACCAGUCAUUGAUAUUUUAUUGCACAUACCAGCUUAUUUUGGGCUUUUGCAAACGUUUCCCAAAGUGCAUGUGGCAGUAGGUUCUGGACCGAAAUAAAGACUUGGAUGAAGGUGUGUUUUUAUUUUUCGGUUGGUGUAUUAUCUAUAUUCACCAUGGGCAAUCCAUUAUUUGACUUUUAUUUCUGUCAUCUCUAAUUAAUGAGUGCUAUUUGACAUAAAACAAAAAACUGUCAAAUAUAUGGAAAUAGUCUUGGUACAACAAGCUCUCAGCUACUCAGUCAUGAGUACAGCGUUUACAUUUUGUAAUUUUUUUGUCACCUUUGCUGUUUAAUGAGCAUUACAAUUGUUUUCAAUAAUUCAAUCAUCAUACUUUUAAUCUGAAUAUGCUGGUAUGAAGUAUCAAAACAGAAUGGCAUUUCAUCUUAUUACAUUAAAGGACCAGUUUGUCCAGUUUGUUUACCCACUCUCAUGUCUUUUCAAACCGUAUGACUUUUUUUUUUUGUGGGACAGCAUGAUGACAUUGGUGUCCAUCAAUUAAAGUGAAUGAGGAAUGAG